AUGGGGCAUGCAACCCGUGGUGGGCGUGGUGGGGGGCUUGUCUUUCGAGGUGCUGCCCAAACCUUUGGCCAAGGUGGAUACCACGGUGUGCUGGCCCAACCAACGGCCCGGGGGUUUGGAUCUGAGAGCGUGCUGCGUUCCGAGAUCUCCACUGGGAGCGUGUUGCUCUACAGCCGUACCGUGCGGCUCGUCAAGCGCUUUGGUGGCUACGCUCCCUGGGACCAUAACAGCCUCCGCACCGGCGUUCAGACCUGGCGCAGCCCGGCUGGGCUGGCCAAGGGCGAGAGCGGGCAUGCCUUCGAUACCAUGAGGAGGACGUCGUUCUUGGAGACCAAUCGCAGCGAGGAGAGCGAAGAAACUGAGGCAGAGGGCGAGUUCGAGUGGCAGACGGAUGUCGAGGAUCUGUACUUGGCCUCCGUCGACUACGGCCAUCGCUUUGCCGCCAACAAGACCUCCGAGCUCCGUGGCAAGGCGGCGGCACGGCGGCUCAGCGAGACGGCCACCAAGGCGGAUUCCGCAACGGAGCUGUUUGGCUUCUCCAAGCAGGGGAUGAUGAACCUGCAGGUCAAAGGCUUGCUGGAUGGCACCUCUCUGGAGCUGGACAUCCAGAUGGGCUUGGGGCCCUUCCAGAGCCCGGCGCGACGGAUCCCUCUGCUGGACCUCCGGCAGCAGCUGGAGGCGGCGCUGCAGGGUCUCCCCUUCAUCUCGCAGAGCAGCAGGGAUAAGGCCCUUGGCACGCUGAACCACUUCGCAGUGGUGGACACCAGAAGCUUCGAAGGCCUCAGGCUGAAGCCUGGAUCCACGGUGGCUCUGCACAGCACGGUGCACAACCGCUUCGUGGUGAUGAACGAUCACAAGAUGUUUGGCGGCAUACACAGAAAUCCCGAUCCGUUUAGACCCUCGAUGACCUGGGAGCGGUUCACGGUGGUGGACGCCGGGAACGGGCAGAUCGCGUUGCACAGCGCGCGUUGGAACCGCUUCGCAAGGACGGGGGGAGGCGUGAGCCCACUUCAGGCGGCCAGCAGGCUCCCGCCCGCGCACGCGUGGGGGGGCGAACGCUUUACCGUGGUGGUGGAUGCGGCCAGGUCACAAAUCGCCUUGCACAGCAACAACGCCUUCCUUCAAAUGACCCCAGACGGCAACAUACAAAACACCGAGCACAUGAAUAUACACGAUCUUCCGGAUUCGAACACCUGGGAGAGGUUCGGUGUGUUGCAAGUGGAAGCCUAUUUGGAGCCGGGUGACACGGUGGCUUUGCACAACGCAGUCCACAAUCGAUUUCUCCGCAUGAAUGCCAACGGGAUCAUGGACCGCAGUGACGUGCUAAACUGGAACGCCCUUAACGGAGGCUACACGUCUGAGCGGUUUACAGUUGUGGACGCUCAGGACGGCCAGGUGGCUCUUCACUCCGCUGUCCACAAUCGUUUCGUGAAGAUGGAUGGUGGUCACAUGUCCGGGAGCGCCCACAAGGCGGCCGAUGCUCUACCCCCGAAAAGCGAAUCGACUUCCGAGCGCUUUGCGGUGGUACCGGCCAUGCAUGGCGAUGAGAACGUCAUCGCCCUGCACAGCACAAUCCACAACCGCUUCAUCUCGAUGACCCCCAACGGGGUCACGGCGUAUGUCGUGAACGCCCAUGAACUUCCCGACGGCGCGACCUGGGAGAGGUUCCGCGUGGUGAAGCUCUGA